AUGGCAGUUUUGCCAGCCUCCGAGGCUGUAGGUGAGGUUGCAAGCCUCAAGCUUGAUUCUGAGCGCGAAUACAUCCACAAUAGUAGUGAUGUUGACUACUACAUCCACGAGCGCGCGAUCUUAACAAAGCGGCGCGAGAUCUCGUUACUUUCCGGAGGACAACGAACUGAGACGCCCACUACCAGCAGUACAAAGUACCCAGCACACCAAGAAUACACCGAAGGACUUGAAGAUGAUCUGUUUCCAGAACAUAUAGUCAGUAAGCAUCAUAUGAUGGCUAUCAGAAUGUUCAGGAAACUCUGGAAGCAAAGUAUUGAGACAGACCUCGAUGAGGAUUGGGAGCUUCUUGAACAACAACGCACGGUUCAUAGUCAUGAUGGGUUGCCAGGGAAAAAACCCAUACAUAUGUUCGAAGAGUGGCUGGCCGAGGAAACUGACAUCGGAGAAUCGCUUUCUAAGCCCGGUGUGAAUGGUCAGGACUUUCUGAGUAUGCUGAUUAGAAUACCAACCAAGCAUAUGUUUACGGCCUCAGUCUUCAAUUGGGUGAUGUGGAAGUAUCCAAACAUGUAUCUGAUGGUAGGAAACCGAACCCGAAAUCCGAGUCUAUUGGCCGAGGCCAGUUCGAUGUCCAGCUCCAUAAACUUUGUAGCACACUUUUUACAAGACUAUCCCACACAAACUGCAAAGAUGCUUGAGUUGGAUAACAACAUGCUUCUGGAACUUCUCCCUGUCAUGAUUGACCGGAAUUGUUCGAACGAUAUAUUUGCGAACAUGAGCCCAGCAGCCCUCAUGGCUACAGAUGACCAAAAGAACUCAAUUCUGCACCUUGUGAGCGAAUAUAGCGAGGAGGAGGGAUUUUCAUUUGACAUCGAACUGCGGAAUGAGAAGCGCAUGAUCCUGAUACACAACUUACUCACAUACUGCAAAUCCGCCAUCACCUGGACAAAUAAUGAUAAUCAAUCCGCAUACCAGCACCGGAUUCGUACCUUCCAUGCAUCUAGGUUAAGAAUUCCAGCGGUGGAAAGCGACCCUUCAUUAGGACUCGGGGAGGGAGCGGAAGGUCUGAGGGAUGACAAAAUCCUCACACUACUCAGAGAGAAGACUAUGAACCUUGAUGACGACGAAAUGAUAGUAUCUCUUCUUUAUGGAAAAGUGCAUACAGGGCGGGAGAUCAACUUAGAUUUGACAGAACUUGGAAUCGCCGGGGUCACAGUGACCAAGACUACUGUCAAGCGCCUAGUCCGCGGGCUCAAGUUUGAGAGCAUUCUGAAAUUCGUGCGGAUCCCAUCCUUUAGUGCGGUUCGGCCAGGACGUCAAAACAGCGUUCACAAUACUCUGAACCAGCAGCAGUUCGCGGAAAUUGCUCAUACAGGGGACAUAUUUACAAUCUUAUGGGAGCAGGGUGUGAAGAAGAUCCUCAGUGUCAAGGUUGAUGAUGAUAAUGAUGAUUGUCCAUAUAGCGAUGAGAUGCUCGAGACGCUCAAGAAAUUUGGCAUUGAAGAAUGGGACUGGCGACGGACGGAUUUGUGCAGCAGAGUCGUCCUUAAAGCAGCUGGAAAUGCCCGAAAGAUAACGUUAUAUUCAACAGGAAAUAAAGCAGUUCUCCGCAGUUGGUCAGCGCCAGACGGAUUGAAUGCUCUAAAGAAGUUAACAGAUGUUCAAAUAGUUGUACAGCCACGGCUGGAAACGAUAGAGCGGAUAAACUGCUACCUAAAGGAGUUCACUAAUAGAUUGCAAGAGAAUAGAGACAAGGGUAAACCCCAAAUCAAAAUUUCUUUUCGCUUCAAGUCGGAAGACGACAACUAUUCUUACUUUUUAAGCGAGGACAUACGUGAAAGAAACCCUUGGCUAGAUAAUAUGGACAGAUUUGUGACAUUCGUCAAGAACACCCCUGAAAUCAGCCGUGUUGUAAAGGUCGCAGUUAUUGGUCAUGGGGUGGGCCAGAUCCAAGAAAAUUUCGAGGAUAGUAUAAUCAGUGGCAUAUCCUUCUCUACAUCUCAGUACGGAAGCACCAUCAGUACCCUGCCAUGGUACCUCCCCUCAAAUGACAAAAGCACCUUAAUGGCGAAGACAAUUCUCCGCCUAUGCCCUAAUGUCAAGCUCUACAUCGCUCGGCUUGAUUACGGGAUUGACGGAGUGCCUACAAUUGAAUCAGCAAUAAAAGCAAUUUCCUGGGCUACGGCAAUCGGUGUGGAUAUCAUCUCAAUGAGCUCAACAUUUCCUGAACUGCGUGAUACAGAGUCAAGAAAGCUAAGUGAGGUAAUUGACGAAGCCCACAAUAAUAAGAUCCUCACUUUCGCCCCAGUUACCGAUCAAGGAUUUAACCGGCCUGAUAUCCCGUUUCCAGGCAAGACACCAGGUGUCUUCCGCGUCGGCGCGGCAAGAGACAGCGGAGUGCCGGAUGACCUUUCCCAAGGAUAUGAAUUUCUCUUCCCUGGCGGGAGCAGCGUAACCAAUGUUCGGCAGCGUGAGGAAGGUAGUACCGGUGCAAACUCCGCGGUGGUAUUGGGAAGCUCCUUCGCAACCGCUGUGGCAUCAGGUCUUGCAGCCUUGAUACUCCAUUGUGCGGAACUCUGCGAUCUAGGGGACGAAUAUGGCGAUGACCUUCGCCAGUACCAAAACAUGAAAGACAUUUUCUGCAUCAUGGCAUCGGGCUCCCCGCAAUCAUCGUAUAUACAGGCAGAAAAGUGGUUCCCAGCCAGCUUUGAGAACAAGGAUUGGAUGGAGGAUGAGGACCAGGACGAAUUUCGCAGGAGAAUCACCGCGAUUAUC